AUGGACACUGAGCAUGGAAACAAGCCCUCUGAAAAUUCUUCAGAACCCUGCACAGUCCAGCAAGUGAAGCACAAGCUCACCGGCCUGCAUCCGACCCUGCUGCGAGCAUCGGCCCUCUCGGCGUCGACGGUGGCGGCUGUGGUCAUGGGGCUCAACAAGCAGUCCUACACCGCAGUGGUGGCAAUUGUGGGCACCAAGCCACUCAAACAAACCUUCACUGCGCAGUUCAAGGACACUCCUGCAUUUGUGUACUUCGUCAUAGCCAAUGCUAUUGCCAGUCUGUAUAACCUAGUGGUAGUUCUCGUUGUGAGGCGCCUUGUGCAGGGAAGGGUCCAGCGUUUGGUACUACUGGUGCACAUGACUGACAUGGUCAUCAUGGUUCUAUUGGCCACCGGUGCCGCAACAGCAGCCUCGAUGGCCGAGUUAGGAAAGAACGGCAACCUGCAUGCGCAUUGGAACCCGCUAUGCAACAAGUUCGGUUCCUUCUGCGCCCGUGGAGGCAUGUCGAUCGUGUCCUCGUUCGUCGGCGUCGCGCUCAUGCUGGCCAUAAACCUGCUCUACGCCGCAGCCAACUCUCCCCGUGGCGCCGUCGUCGCAGGAGGCCAAUGA